CUCAUGGAUUGCUUAACGCGAGUUUACCUGUAGUGUCUAUUCUUAACUGUGACCGGUAUUAUAAAACGGAAGAAAGUGCAUGCGCGAAUGACAGUAUAGUGGCGGUGUAACUUCUUCUCAUACAGGGACGUAACGUUCCAUAUCAUGGACCAGAUCGAGGAAGCCAGGAAGCUCCACUUCAGUGUCGACUUGGUGAGUCAGGCCCACAACCACCUAGAGUUUUUGUGUGCUAUAGAUCGAGCAACCUCUCUCAGAAAUGUGGCCAACUUGCGGCGUGCCCUCUACCGAUACGAACGAUACUGGCUGCCGCUCGCUGCAGACCACCCCGGGAAACAGUUGUCCGGGCCGCUUGAUGUCGAGUGGAUGUGGCAUUGUCACAUGCUGUCCCCCAAAAAGUACAUCGAUGACUGCAAGGCUGUAUGUGGAAGUGUUGUUGACCAUACGUUAAAGAAUAAGUGGCAGUUUGGUACGGACCAGAAACGGGCAACGUCUUUGUGGUCAGAAAAGUAUCCAGACGAACCAUUCCAUCCAAGUUACAAAGCUCCUUUUGAUGAAUCGAAGCUCGAAAGUUUUUCUUCGAAGAUAUCCUACGAUAUUAUUGCAGCGGCCUCACGCCAGGGCGUGUUCUUCUACCAAGUUUCACUGCCUCACUAUCAGGACACGCUUUACUUGCAAGACUCCCUACAAAGGUACAAGCAGUUUCUCUAUCUCCGGACAAAGGUGAAUGGUUUUAUUACUCCGUGCUUCGACCAAGACCUCAUGUGGCAUUCCCACCAAGUUAACCCACUGGCAUAUGCAGCUGACACGAAGCGAAUUGUUGGCUUCGUUUUUAACCAUGAUGACUCCACGAAUGACAGAACCGAGGGUUCAGAUCUUGUCACAUGUCACAAAAGCACUUCAGAAGAAUGGCAAUCUUUAUUUGACGAGCCUUUCGCGUCAUAUGGGGCUAUGUAUCGUGGUUAUCCAUAUGCUGGAUAUUUUUACGAUCUGUCUUCAAAUGACCUCCUAUCAAUGAGUAGCAAAGACUUUCAGAUCCAAUUUGACCAAUUUAAAUUGACGGAUGUAGAUGCAGGCAUCAGUAUCAACGACUGUGUUUUAGAAAUAACAACAGACAGACCUGAGACGAACAAGCACGUGUUUGAAACGGCAUUGCCGUCACAGACAAAACAAAAUGAUUUCAUUUCAUGGGCGCCUGACUCUGUCAUAUUACCAAUUACUACCGAAAAGGAACGAAGUUUGCUGAUUUCACUGAAGAAAAAAACAAAAUUCUUACUUUUUGGUACGAAGUAUGAACAAUUAACUACAGGAGUGAUAGAUAUUGCCUCGCUGGUGAAAAAUGGUCUUUCAAAAGAAGAAACUAAUUUUGAUUGUAAUGUGGACAUGCGAAGUGCUCAGCUAGAAUUGCAGGGCUCGAUUAGGAAUAUACAGCCAAAUACAUGCAAGUUAGUCAUACAGGCCGGGGAGUUCAAGUCGUCUGUCGUACCGGAAACUGUCCGGCAGUCGUGGGGACCCAUGCCGCUGGAAAGGCUGCCUACUGGAAGACCCAAUGAAUGUCGCGAAGCUGUUCACACCCUCUUGGAUGGUGAUGGUAAGACUCUGUUCACUGUUCGAGUGCUGCAGAGCUCACCACUGACUCUAUCCUGUAUAAGGGUGUUGUAUGAGGACAAACCUGUGGCCUUCGCCAGCCUGACACACCUCGACCAGCUACCACUGACAUCCCAGGUUAGCUCAAGCCGGCCUUGUUUGAAUCCACGUGAAGGUGAUCAUGCGAUGACCAUCAAGAGCCACAAGGGCGACUGGGGGAUACUUACUGGCCGCUGGAUACCGUCCAAGACAGUACAGAAACAGACCGAUGAUGGGGACAGUAUUCCGUAUGGAACAAUGCAGAUAAAGUUCUUUCAUUUAACCAAAGAAGUGACAGAGGUUGUUUCGCUACAAUACAGCCGUUCAUCUCCAGUGAAACAUGUUAAACUACAAUCGGUUGAUAUUGAUCUAGAGACGGGGUCUCUGAGUAUUGAUGCCAGCACGGCCGAGGUGGGAGAACACAUUGCCCUUGCCUUCUCUGUAGGGCUGAUGCACGUGUUGUGCACUUCAAGGCCGAAGGACUGGAAUGAAGGUGCUCAAUUUCCGUCGCCGUUUUCGGACCUCUUACUUGUGAAAUCUUGUGGGCUUUAUAGCCAUGUCCCGACAGGACAGUUUGUGAUAAGCCAGUUUGGAGAGAAGCACGCUGCUCUCUGUGGAGGCGGGAAGAUCGACUGCUCUAAACGCUGGGAACAGCUAGCGAAGUAACACACCGCGUGUGUACGAGUAUUGCUUUUGUUUACGAUGGGUGUGUGACGGUACAUGACGGAUGCGCGUCGUAUUCUGUAUAUACUUACGUUGACGUGAUGUCACAUACUAUGAUAUAAGUUAUAACACUAUUUUCCAAGUCAUUAAAGAAGACGUUUGUUCAUAAACUCAACGUUACAUGUCAUGUUUAUCUUGUGUAUGUCUAUUUGGAAAAGCUCAUUUUGGUAUUAUACACGGAUAUCAAUUUCUAAAAGAAUAAAAUAUGUACGGCU